CUCUCUUCCUAAAAGCUCCCUGAAGUCCAGGACCAUUUCAUUGUCUUUGUACCCCAGAGACCAGCCCACAGCAUGCAGUGGAGUUUAAUAAGUGCUUGUUAGCUGAUUGAAGAAACUAUCUCCUCUCCCUUGUCCCCUCUCAUUCCCUUCCCUACUCAAGACUCCUAGGGCGGAAACAAGGCAGAGAAGGGCUGAGCUGUGGGUUAUCCCUGGGGUAGAAAGGAAAAGCGCUUCCUGGGGAAAGGAAGGCCUGGGAGACCUUGAGGGGACACUGGCCCAGCUUGUGCCUUGGAGCAGUUUAGGCUCCCGUUAGUUCCCUUGUGAGGGGGCUGUCUUUGACUCCCCCAGACUCUCAGGCCCGCAAGGAAGGGGCACAGAGGACGGCCACCCCACGGCCUGGAGCAGGGAGCACAGAACUCCGGGGUACACACAGGGAUGACCCUAUCAGAGGCACAGGCGCCCGCCCCCUUCCGCUCUCAGCCUGACCUACAUUCCUACACAGGUUGCGGGGGUGGGAGGGGUGUGGGGUGUUAGGGGCUUUGGGAAGACAGUGGUUGCCAUGGUUACCCUUCUCCAACUGGUGCCCACCUCGGAGGUCCAGGAUCAGAGGGGGCUGGUGGUGUUUUCCUGGAAAAUGAGGUCCCCAGCACUUGGCUCCCAAGGCCAGCCCAGGCCCCUGGGCCUCUGCCUCCCGCUGCUGCUGCUGCUGCUGCUUUCAGCCGGCCCCACGGACCCCCAUGCCCUGAAGCCCUCCUUGUCGCCGGUGCUUCAGAACCAGCCCUUCCUGGUGGUGGACCUGGAGCACACCAUCGGUCAAGCAGCUGCCAUGGGAGCCCAGGGUGUGGUGCUCUGGGGGGAGGCCGACUAUGCCAGGAACCAGAGCACCUGCCUGAAGAUGCGCCGGUACCUGCUGAGCCGGCUGGGCCCGUAUGUGCUGAACGUGACCACGGCGGCCACGCUCUGCAGCCGGGCCCAGUGCGGCGGCCACGGACGCUGCCGCCGCCGGGCCCCCGACUCGCCCAGCUACCUGCACCUGGAGCCCGGCACCUUCCAGAUCCGCGUGGCCACGGCGGCCAACCGCACGCGGGCCUCCAUCCAAGGCCACCUGGGGCCCCGGCAGCGGGAGGCCCUGAGCAGGGACUUCAUCUGUCACUGCUACCAGGGCUGGCGGGGGGACGGCUGUCAGGAAAGGAGCCAGGCCGGGGAGGCCCCGUCCCUCUCCCUGCUGCUUCUGGCUGCCAGCCUUGGGGGGCUAUGGGCCUGGACUCCGUGACCCCUGGCCAGAAUUCCCCCCCACUGAAGAACGGUCGCUGCCAUCAGGAGGAAGCAGGACCCGAGAGGACGCCCAAGCUCCCUCUGGCUUACAUUCUGCAUGAGUGACUGCGGGCUGGGCACUUGGCUCCCUGAGGGUCUUGGGCCCAGCAGCCUCCAUCUGGGACGCCUUGGGGCCCUCGCUUCCCUCUGCCUUUUACUAUUAGAGAAGAUCUUGACCUUGGGCCUCAAA